ACUAUUAAGAAUAUUGAAAGAGAGCUCAUUUGCCCAGCCUGCAAGGAGCUGUUCACCCAUCCAUUGAUUCUCCCUUGCCAACACAGUAUCUGUCAUAAAUGUGUGAAAGAACUCUUACUGACUCUUGAGGACUCCUUCAAUGAUGUGGGAUCUGACAGCUCCAAUCAGAGCAGUCCUCGACUUCGGCUUUCCUCCCCCAGCAUGGACAGAAUUGAUAGGAUUAACAGACCAGCAUCACAAUGGAGAUCUUUGGGGUGGAGAGGCUGGAAGCGAAAUUCAUUGACUCCUAGGACAACUACUUUUCCUUGCCCUGGCUGUGAACAUGAUGUGGAUCUUGGAGAACGCGGAAUCAAUGGUCUCUUUCGAAAUUUCACUUUGGAAACCAUUGUUGAGAGGUACCGUCAGGCAGCUAGGGCAGCCACAGCCAUUAUGUGUGACCUUUGUAAGCCACCACCUCAAGAAUCCACAAAAAGUUGCAUGGACUGUAGUGCAAGCUACUGCAAUGAGUGCUUCAAAAUUUAUCAUCCUUGGGGUACUGUGAAAGCUCAGCAUGAGUAUGUGGGCCCCACCACUAAUUUUAGACCCAAGAUUUUAAUGUGCCCAGAACACGAAACGGAGAGAAUAAACAUGUACUGUGAGUUAUGUAGGAGGCCGGUUUGUCACCUCUGUAAGUUGGGUGGUAAUCAUGCCAAUCACCGUGUAACCACCAUGAGCAGUGCCUACAAAACCUUAAAGGAAAAGCUUUCAAAGGAUAUUGAUUACCUUAUUGGUAAAGAGAGCCAGGUGAAAAGUCAAAUUUCUGAACUAAACUUGUUAAUGAAAGAAACAGAGUGCAAUGGAGAGAGGGCUAAAGAAGAAGCAAUUACACAUUUUGAAAAGCUGUUUGAAAUUCUAGAAGAGAGGAAAUCAUCUGUUCUGAAAGCAAUUGAUGUCUCUAAGAAACUAAGACUAGACAAAUUUCAGACUCAAGUGGAAGAGUAUCAGGGACUUCUGGAGAACAAUGGGCUCGUGGGGUAUGCUCAAGAGGUGCUGAAGGAGACGGAUCAGUCUUGCUUUGUGCAGACAGCAAAGCAGCUCCACCUGAGAAUACAGAAAGCUACAGAAUCUUUGAAGAGCUUUAGACCAGCAGCCCAGACUUCUUUUGAAGACUAUGUUGUUAAUACAUGUAAACAAACAGAAGUUCUUGGAGAAUUAUCCUUUUUCUCUAGUGGCAUAGAUGUGCCUGAAAUCAAUGAGGAACAGAGCAAAGUUUACAACAAUGCCUUGAUAAAUUGGCACCAUCCGGAAAAGGAUAAGGCUGACAGCUAUGUUCUGGAAUAUCGGAAGAUUAAUAGAGACGAGGACAUGUCAUGGAAUGAGAUCCAAGUGCGUGGCACAAGCAAAGUUGUCUCUGAUCUUGAAGAGAAUAGUCACUACGCCUUCCGAGUGAGAGGGUACCAGGGCUCCAUCUGUAGUCCCUGCAGCAGAGAGCUGAUUCUUCAUACUCCACCCGCUCCAGUUUUCAGUUUCCUCUUUGAUGAAAAAUGUGGCUAUAAUAAUGAACGCCUCUUGCUGAACUUGAAGAGAGACCGAGUGGAGAGCAGAGCUGGGUUUAAUACUCUGUUGGCUGCAGAGCGUAUCCAAGUGGGUUAUUACACAAGCCUGGACUACAUCAUUGGAGAUGUCGGAAUCACGAAAGGGAAACACUUCUGGGCCUUCCGGGUGGAGCCAUAUUCAUACCUGGUGAAAGUGGGAGUCGCUUCUAGUGAUAAAUUACAAGAAUGGCUCCGUUCUCCCCGGGAAGCAGUCAGUCCAAGAUAUGAGCAAGACAGUGGGCAUGACAGUGGAAGCGAAGACACCUGCUUUGAUUCUUCACAGCCUUUUACCUUAGUUACUAUAGGCAUGAAGAAAUUUUUUAUACCCAAGUCACCUAUUUCUAAUGAACCUGAAAAUAGAGUUCUUCCCAUGCCAACAAGUAUAGGGAUUUUCCUUGACUGUGAUAAAGGCAAAGUGGGUUUCUAUGACAUGGAGCACAUGAAAUGCCUUUAUGAACGCCAGGUGGACUGCUCGCACACUAUGUAUCCAGCAUUUGCAUUAAUGGGCAGUGGAGCCGUUCAACUUGAAGAAUCCAUCGCCGGGAAAUACCUGGAAUACCAGGAAGACAUGUAGCUUGUAUACCCCGUGUGACUCGGAUGGAAAUGUGAACAAUACAGCUCCUCGGUAACUCAUUAUGUUGUCCACAUCUUCUGUGUAUUAUUCUUCUUUAAACACAGAAAACCUAAACAGCCUUGUCUCCUCCAUGCUGUUCUGCUUUCCACAAAUGAUUUCAGUGAAGACAUUUUUUCCUAAUUAAUCCUGAAUGGUUACAUUUGCAACUAGAUUGUAUGUCUCUUUAUGAGCAGGGAAUCUUAACUUAUCUAUAUCAGCUGGUGUUGCUGAUCCAUUCCUUAUGGGGUGGGGGAGGUAUACAGAAGUACUUAUUAUGCUUUUGUGUUUGCCUUUCGUUUUUGUAUCAUUAAUGUCUUAAGAUAUUUUUUAAAUGUCUAUGGUUAGAAGUUAGUAUUAAGGAGUGUGUCUCACAUUUUAAAUUUUAGUAGGGAAACAAAGCUACAGAUAAGUUUUUUAAAAAGGCCUAAAAUGGUAAUAUGCUUAAGUGGAAGAUGACGUACUUUAAAGUGUGUAACAAACAAUUAUGAACAUAUUGCCUGGAAAUUAGUUUUGCUUGGCUCGCAGUACUGGAGAUUGAACCCAGGGCCUUUGCGUUACACCCCCAGACCAUUAUUCUUUCUUUUGAAAC